UCAAUUCUGCAAGUGGUUCUAAUUUACUAUCGCUGUAUCAGCCGGUCUAAAACCGCUUUUGACCUAAAGUGACGCUUUUUGGACGCCAUGUACGUUUCUCAGUUUCCAGGCAGAAAGAACAGUAAAAAUGCAGGCAGGGCACAGGACAAAGCAGUAAAGACAAAAUGUAUGUGAAAUGCUUUGAAACAAAAAUGACAGUUUCUAAAAUUUUUAAAUUUGCCGCCGGUUCCAGCCGGGACCGGAGGAGAUGGCCGGGGACGCUGCAGGGGAUGCAUCGUGGGAGCGAAGGACAAGGUAAGAGCUGCAGG